GGAGACUGGUGACGCCCCCUGCGGGCCGGGCCCUGAUUGGCCGGGGCGCACGGGGUAUAUAAAGCCCGAGCGAGCGCAGAGCGCGCUAUAACGCGGUUCUUUGGAACCAGCAGGAUGGCCCGCUCCGCGGCUCUGGUUUCGCUGGCCCUGCUGGCUGUGCUGGCCCUGCUGAGCUUGCCGGCUGUGGACGCCGUCCUCCAUGCCCCAAGGGUUCAAGUGUAUUCCCGUCACCCAGCAGAAAAUGGAAAGCAGAAUUUCAUCAACUGCUAUGUAUCUGGAUUCCAUCCACCCCAGAUUGAAGUCGAAUUGCUGAAGAAUGGGAAGAAGAUAGACAAUGUGGAGAUGUCAGACCUUUCUUUCAGCAAGGACUGGACUUUCUAUCUCCUGGUGCAUGCUGCCUUUACACCCAAUGACAGUGACGAAUAUUCUUGCAGAGUUUCACACAUCACUCUGAGUGAACCCAAGAUAGUCAAAUGGGAUCCAAACAAGUAACUCGAAUCAUGAAGAUUUGAAGACACUUCAAUUUGGAACAGGACUAAUACCAAAUUAUUUCUUUGCUUUUUAAAAAUUGAUAAGUUUAUAUGCCUUAUGCAUCCAGUAAGAAAAUUAUAAUGACAUUAAUUUAGGCAUUAUCUUUCUGUAUAAUUUUAUUUUGGGCUCUCUCUGCAUGUUUGCCCUUCCAUGUAGCCUAGACUUUCGGGAAAGAAACCCCUGAUUAGGGCCAGGGAUAUAAAGCUCAGCCAGCACAGUGCCUGCCUGGCAAGUAUGAGUUCUAUUCCUCUUACUAAAAAAACCCCAACAAAACCUUGAAUACUAACAUUUGGGUCUUAAGUAUAUUAAAAGAAAUAAUAAGACCUUUGAUUAGAAAUCUUAUCUGUGGAAAAUAUUUUAAUACUUUGGAGAACCACAAGAAAGGCUGGUUUCAAAAAAAUCUAUUUUCUUUUAACAGUGAUUGGGCUUGAAGUUAGGGCCUUCUAUGUACCAGGCAAGCACUGUAUCACUGAGCUACAUCAGUUGCUCCUAAAAGCUUUACUGAAUAUGAUUUAAAGUAACCAUUGAUUAUAUUGUUGCAGAAAAAUCAUUAUCAAACUGAAUGGAAGACUUUGCAGUGGGGAGCAUAGGCUGGUGGGAAACAGUUCCAAAUCACCAAAAAUUAGUCAGUUUAGAGUUCAGUUUAAAUUCAAUUUGUAAACAGGAAAUAUAAGGCUAGAGGGCGGAGGUGGGGUGGAGAGGGGUGGAAGUGGUGGUGUUUAGCUUGUCUACCUAGCAACCACAAGAUAUGAGUUUGGUCCCUGGUACAAAAAAGAAGAAAAAAGAAAUUCAAGGCUGAUAGCAAGUUAUAUGGCAAGCAAGCUAGUUCUAAGUAGAUUCCUGGGAAGGAGGGAAGGGGUAAGGGGGUAUGUAUAAAGCAAUAGAAUUAAAUGUCUCCUUGACUGGGCCAGUGUGUCUCAAACAUGAAGUUACUGAAGCAAAUUGGAAACAAUGUAUAUUUUUGUAAGGAAACCACAAGCCUUGCAUCUGGACACAGGGAAGUUGAUCCAGGUUAUGAGAGAAGCAGCUGCAUGCACACAGUCAAGGCUGACAAUUUAGCAGGCUAACUACAUGACAAGCAGCAGAAGCACAGUCACAGGCCACUAAUUGAUUUUUUAAAAACUUUUGUGCCUAGAUUCAAACUCAUGAACUCAUGCUUGUGAGGCAGUUGCUGUACCCACUGAGCUAUAUCCUCAGCCUCACUGAUUAUUUUUAACUUUGCUAUAAAUGUCUGUAAGUUUGGUAUUCUGUAACUGUGCUCUUUCACAAUAUGCCAAGCCUUCAUUAAAAUCGUGUAUCUUAUUAA